AUCCAAUCAACCUUUCACACGGCAUCAUACAGAUCUAGACGGACAUCGAGCACCAGAAAAAAAUACAUUUAUUUUAAGACACCAGGGGUACCAUGGUUCGAACAUUGAACAAUAUGGCGGCGCUUAGAGCUUCUAGGUUUGGUUGUCCCUCGCCCAGGCAUGGACUCAAGCUCCUUUUCUGGUUCGCCAAUGAUUACAUCUUCUUCGACAAUGACAACCAGAUGGUUGUAAUUGACAACCCCGAAGAGGGAGGCUUUGGUUUCCAUCACUUCCAGAACAGACUGGAGUGUGACAACAACGUCUGCAAGAAGCUGCUUCCUGAUGAUGGCUACCCAUUCUAUGAGGUGGGCAACCUCCACCUCACAGCAUCAGAUUCCAUGCCUGAGUAUGUCAGUGAGGACUACACUGGUCACAUAGAUAACAGCAACAUGGACCGCCUCAUCAUCAGCAUGCGUCCAGACAGGACAGUGGAUAAGGUCUAUGUGACCCAGCACGAGGACCUGAGGAGCUUCGACCCGGUCAACACCUAUCGCCUCAGCAGGGGGUUGCUCAUGAUCAUCUGCAGCCAUUCAUCCGCGGACAUGUCAUUGGAGGACUUCCUGGAACAGGCGGGCUAUUCCACCCACGCCCAAAUCCCAUUCACAAGCCUCGCCCCAAGCCCCUCUCCAAGCCCCGCCCCAAGCCCUUCUCCAAGCCACACCCCAAGCCCUGCUCCAAGCCCCGCUCCCAGGGAGUCUAGGGAUAUCAGGAUUAAUAUGGAAGCUGGAUCCAGAGCUCCGCCCAGAGCUGAACCAGGCUUCUGGGAAAGCUACUGUACCAUACUGUAGAUCAGGGUUCUUUAUUCCUGGUCCUGAGGACCCUGAGGGGUGCAAUGUUAAUUUUCACUAAUACAUUUUGGUCAUUUAUCAGACACUCUUAUCCAGAGUGACUUCAGUACACUAAACUAAGGUAGAUAAACAACAACAUACUGUAUCACAGUCAUAGCAAGUAAAACACACAAUGAUGCAGUCAU